AUGGUUAUACACAGCGAUGAGCGACCGUUCGAAUGCGACCUCUGUGGCGCAUCCUUUAAGAGACCCAGUGGCCUGAAGAGUCACGGAAAACGCCACAUCAUGCCCGACGAUCGAGAACCCCACGAGCGGCGGAAACAUGCUUGUGAUAUCUGUGAUCGAAAUUUUGCCAGCAAAUAUAAUCUUACCGAUCACUUGAGAACUCACACCGGAGAGCGACCGUUCGAGUGUGACAUAUGUCACAAAACUUUCAUCAGACACGGUGAUCUUAAGGACCAUAAAAUCACAAAGCACACGCAGGAAAAGAAGUUGAAAUGUCCAGAAUGUGGUAAAAGUUUUUUCUUGAAGGCACAUUUGAGACAGCAUCUGAAAGUACAUAACCCUAAGAAUAUUCUCAAGCAUAACCCGGAUCGUUCACAAGUGUCUGAUAUGCGGAAAAGUCUAUAA